ACGUUCGUUCGCAGGCGCGCCUGCCCAGUGCGGAAGGAAGGAGCCCGCCCUCCGCCCGGGGCCUGCCUCCCUCCGCCCCCCCUCCCUGUCUCCCCCGAUGGACUGAAGGAGGCCCCGCCGCCGCCUCUCCGUUCUCCCAGGAGGCGCCCGGCGCCAUGAACCUGCUCCCGGCCAACCCGCACGGGAACGGGCUCCUCUUCGCCGGCUUCAACCAGGACCACGGGUGUUUUGCAUGUGGGAUGGAAAAUGGAUUUAGAGUGUUUAAUGCAGAUCCACUCAAAGAAAAGGAGAAACAAGAAUUCCUUGAAGGAGGUGUUGGCCAUGUUGAAAUGUUGUUUCGCUGCAAUUAUUUAGCUUUGGUCGGUGGAGGAAAGAAGCCCAAAUAUCCACCGAAUAAAGUGAUGAUCUGGGAUGAUCUGAAAAAGAAGACUGUUAUUGAGAUAGAAUUUUCCACAGAGGUCAAAGCAGUAAAGCUGAGAAGAGACAGAAUUGUGGUAGUUUUGGAUUCGAUGAUUAAAGUUUUCACGUUCACGCACAACCCUCACCAAUUGCAUGUCUUCGAAACCUGCUACAAUCCUAAAGGCCUCUGUGUCCUGUGCCCAAACAGUAAUAACUCCCUGCUUGCAUUCCCUGGAACACAUACUGGUCAUGUGCAGAUAGUAGACUUGGCAAACACAGAAAAACCUCCAGUAGAUAUUCCUGCUCAUGAAGGGAUCCUAAGUUGCAUAGCUCUCAACUUGCAGGGAACAAGGAUUGCCACAGCUUCAGAAAAAGGGACCCUCAUAAGAAUAUUUGAUACUUCAUCUGGGCAUUUAAUCCAGGAGCUGCGUAGGGGAUCUCAGGCGGCUAAUAUCUACUGCAUUAACUUCAACCAAGAUGCUUCUCUCAUCUGUGUGUCCAGUGACCAUGCCACAGUUCACAUAUUUGCUGCUGAGGAUCCUAAAAGGAACAAACAGUCAAGCUUAGCGUCAGCCAGUUUCCUGCCCAAGUAUUUCAGUUCCAAGUGGAGUUUCUCCAAAUUUCAGGUUCCCUCUGGCUCUCCCUGCAUCUGUGCCUUUGGAACAGAACCAAAUUCUGUCCUAGCAAUCUGUGCAGAUGGCAGCUACUACAAAUUUUUAUUCAAUCAAAAAGGGGAAUGUGCCAGGGACGUCUAUGCUCAGUUCCUAGAAAUGACUGAUGACAAACUUUGACUGGACAGACAUCUAUAGCAGGGGAAAGAUACUGGACCCCCUCCUGAUUAUUCUCCCCCUCCUCCUCAAGAAACAGCCUCUGACUAUCAUAGCACUCAAGAGUGCUGCUCAAGAUGGGACCGAUAUCCUCAAGAAGCCCAAGCCAGCAUGAUAUGGAGUAAGCCACAAGGCAGAGAACUGAUAUGUUAACUAUCAACAGCUGGUGUUACAUGUUAGAUUUGGCUGCUGCUGUUACUUCAAUUUUCGUAAAGGUUCUGUAGCCUGUGACAUCUGAGGUUUUCUCCGUAGUUGACGAACAAAGCUUAGCGCCUGCCACACAGUAAGGACUGACUCCUCAAAAAGAGGUCAAAAUUGAGGUUCUAAUGACGUGGUUUGAGAUGGUGAGAGCGACUUGUCAGACAAGUUGGAACAUUUAUACCAGCAGCUUCUGCCUCUACAGGUCUUGUUUCCUCCUAAAUACAAGAAACUAAUCGGCAAGUGUUUUGAGUUCUUGCUCACCAUAGAUAAGAAUGCUCAAAUGCUCAUUUCCAUACUAUUAUGAAUAGAUAUUAACUUCAUAAUGUCAUUUGUUAGAGGUGCCAAAAUAAAUAUCCCAAAACAUAAUUAUUGUUGAUCCCAAUAGCCAUUUGUAGGGCAAGAAGUAAGUGGCAUAAAACAAUGCUGAAGAGUUGUGAAACCGACAGCGUGGCUGGAAAUAACCCUCCCUCCAGUGGAACCUUACUCCAUUAAUGUUGGCAUUUAAUGUUGUGUAAGAGGCUGUUGACAACAAUCCAAUGGGCAUCAAAUGUUUUUGUAUUUCUAUAGCUCUACGUUGUCCCUCACAAUUUCACAGCAGCCCUACCAUAUGUUGACAAUAACCUAAGCUGGUGCCUAUAAGAGUAGAAACGAUAAAAGCCAGGACACAUUUGUAUUUCAAAUGUUUUGGAAAAGGAUGUAUGUAGACACUUAAUUUGAAAUCACUGUCAUCUCCCCUUGAAGCACAAAUUCAGUUACCUCUUUUCUUAGUUUUACACAUGCUUCAAAAUUAACUGAAGUCUUAGUUCAUCAAGUUGUAAGGUAUUGGAAUUUGUCAUUUAACUAAAGCAUAUAUUCAACUGUCAAUUUGCAUGUUGCUUUUCAGUGUAUAUUUAAUCAUGGAAAUUGUUUUGCACAUCUUUUGUAAUAUUCUUUAAUUAAAAGUGACUAAUUUACUGUA